CCCCCCCCAACAUCUAGCACUGGGCAAUGGCGGAUCGCAGCCUGGACACCGUGUCCCUUCCCCUGGAGGUGAGAGCCAGGCUGGCCGAGCUGGAGCUGGAGCUGUCUGAAGGUCAUCCAUGUAUCUCGGGUCCCUCAGCAAUGAGAUGGCAUGGGAGGUCUUGGAAAACAGCAGCAUUAUGUGAUAUCACACAGAAAGGUUAUGAGAAAAAGAGAUCAAAGUUAAUAGGAGCAUAUCUGCCUCAACCUCCAGGAGUGGAUCAAGCAUUGCCACCGGAACGUAGAACGCCCGUCACCCCCUCCUCUUCCUCUAGGUAUCAUCGCAGGCGAUCCUCAGGUUCACGAGAUGAACGAUAUCGAUCAGAUGUUCACACAGAAGCAGUCCAGGCAGCCCUUGCUAAACAUAAAGAAAGGAAAAUGGCUGUACCAAUGCCAUCAAAACGACGUUCAUUGGUUGUACAAACCUCUAUGGAUGCGUACACACCUCCAGAUACCUCUUCAGGGUCAGAGGAUGAAGGCUCAGUACAAGGGGAUUCCCAAGGAACUCCCACCUCAAGCCAAGGGAGCAUAAAUAUGGAGCACUGGAUCAGCCAAGCAAUCCAUGGAUCAACCACAUCAACCACUUCUUCCUCCUCCACACAGAGCGGGGGCAGCAGUGCUGCACACAGAUUAGCAGAUGUUAUGGCCCAAACACACAUAGGAAAUAAAAGGACAGACGGACAGUACCACAUUGUGCAUUCCAUCAAGGAUCACUAUCAAAAUGAGUCAUGUGACACAAGUGGGCGUGGCUUUUUCUUAACUACAAAUGGACAGAAUCAUGCGAGUGCAAAAGGUGCUUCUUGCCUUUGGCAAAAAACACCUAAAAACGAAAACCAUUCAGCCCCUCCAGACGUUACCACAUACACCUCAGAGCACUCCAUACAAGUAGAAAGGCCACAGGGAUCUACGUCACGGGUCACCUCUAAGUACGGCAAUGCUGAGCUUAUGGAAACGGGCGAUGGAGUUCCUGUAAGCAGUAGAGUGUCUGCAAAAAUUCAACAACUUGUCAACACCUUGAAAAGGCCCAAAAGGCCUCCUUUACGGGAAUUCUUUGUAGAUGAUUUUGAAGAAUUAUUGGAAGUUCAACAGCCUGAUCCAAACCAGCCAAAACCAGAAGGAGCACAGAUGUUAGCCAUGAGAGGGGAACAGCUAGGUGUAGUCACUAACUGGCCUCCUUCACUGGAAGCAGCGCUACAGAGAUGGGGAACCAUAUCGCCUAAAGCGCCCUGCCUUACCACUAUGGACACAAAUGGAAAACCACUGUAUAUUUUAACAUAUGGUAAACUAUGGACCAGAAGCAUGAAGGUUGCCUAUAAUAUACUGCAUAAGUUGGGAACAAAACAAGAGCCGAUGGUCAGGCCUGGAGACAGGGUGGCCCUUGUCUUUCCAAAUAAUGAUCCUGCUGCGUUUAUGGUAGCAUUUUAUGGUUGUCUAUUAGCUGAAGUUGUUCCUGUUCCCAUUGAAGUGCCACUUACAAGGAAGGACGCUGGAAGCCAGCAGAUUGGCUUCUUGUUAGGAAGCUGUGGAGUUACGGUGGCCUUGACUAGUGAUGCCUGUCAUAAAGGAUUGCCCAAGAGUCCUACUGGGGAAAUACCACAAUUUAAAGGUUGGCCGAAGCUGCUCUGGUUUGUCACAGAAUCGAAACAUCUGUCCAAACCCCCUCGUGAUUGGUUUCCACAUAUCAAAGAUGCAAAUAAUGAUACUGCCUACAUAGAGUACAAAACUUGUAAAGAUGGUAGCGUACUGGGAGUGACGGUGACCAGAAUUGCACUUCUCACACAUUGCCAAGCACUCACACAAGCUUGUGGCUACACCGAAGCGGAAACCAUUGUGAAUGUGCUGGAUUUCAAGAAAGAUGUGGGAUUGUGGCAUGGAAUUCUUACGAGUGUCAUGAACAUGAUGCACGUCAUCAGUAUCCCGUACUCUCUCAUGAAAGUUAAUCCAUUAUCAUGGAUACAGAAAGUUUGUCAGUACAAAGCAAAAGUUGCAUGUGUCAAGUCAAGGGAUAUGCACUGGGCGUUGGUUGCACAUCGUGAUCAGAGAGACAUCAACCUGUCCUCUUUACGCAUGUUGAUUGUGGCUGAUGGAGCAAAUCCUUGGUCCAUUUCUUCUUGUGACGCGUUCCUCAAUGUCUUCCAAAGUAAAGGCCUGCGGCAAGAAGUCAUUUGUCCUUGUGCCAGUUCACCAGAGGCUCUUACUGUGGCCAUAAGGAGGCCGACUGAUGACAGCAACCAGCCUCCGGGCAGGGGGGUGUUAUCGAUGCAAGGACUCACAUAUGGGGUUAUUCGAGUGGACUCAGAAGAAAAACUCUCGGUGCUCACCGUGCAAGAUGUUGGGACAGUGAUGCCUGGUGCUAUUAUGUGUUCGGUGAAACCUGAUGGGGUUCCACAGCUGUGUCGGACGGAUGAGAUAGGGGAACUCUGUGUGUGCGCUCUCGCUACGGGUACAUCCUAUUAUGGUUUAUCCGGUAUGACCAAGAACACAUUCGAGGUUUUUCCAGUAACCUGCUCGGGCGCGCCUAUUAGUGAAUAUCCAUUCAUCAGGACCGGUCUCCUUGGGUUUAUAGGACCAGCUGGGCUGGUCUUCAUUAUUGGGAAAAUGGAUGGUCUGAUGGUUGUCAGUGGACGGAGGCACAAUGCUGAUGACAUAGUAGCAACAGCUUUGGCAGUAGAGCCAAUGAAAUUUGUCUACAGAGGAAGGAUAGCAGUGUUUUCUGUGAAUGUUCUGCAUGACGAGAGGAUAGUUAUUGUUGCAGAGCAACGGCCUGACUCUACGGAGGAGGACAGCUUCCAGUGGAUGAGCAGAGUUCUACAGGCCAUUGACAGUAUCCAUCAAGUAGGAGUUUACUGUUUAGCUCUAGUACCAGCAAACACACUCCCUAAAACUCCUUUAGGUGGCAUUCACCUGUCAGAGACCAAGCAACUGUUCCUUGAGGGGUCACUCCAUCCAUGCAAUGUGCUCAUGUGUCCUCACACAUGUGUAACGAACCUUCCAAAACCAAGACAAAAGCAGCCAGAAAUUGGCCCUGCCUCUGUGAUGGUGGGGAACCUGGUUUCUGGUAAAAGGAUUGCACAAGCCAGUGGAAGGGAUUUGGGACAGAUAGAAGACAAUGAUCAGGCCAGAAAGUUUUUAUUCUUGUCUGAAGUUCUUCAGUGGAGAGCACAAACAACUCCUGAUCAUGUACUUUAUACUCUGCUAAACUCAAGGGGGACAAUAGCCAACUCUCUGACAUGUAGCCAACUACAUAAACGAGCUGAGAAGAUUGCUGUGAUGCUAAUGGAAAGGGGACAUUUACAAGAUGGAGAUCAUGUGGCUCUUGUGUAUCCUCCAGGAAUAGACCUGAUUGCAGCAUUUUAUGGCUGUCUAUAUGCAGGCUGUGUGCCAAUAACUGUGCGACCUCCACAUCCGCAGAAUAUUGCAACUACGCUGCCGACAGUGAAGAUGAUAGUGGAGGUGAGUCGAUCUGCCUGUUUAAUGACAACGCAACUCAUUUGUAAACUGCUAAGGUCAAGAGAGGCAGCAGCAGCCGUAGAUGUUAGAACGUGGCCUCCGAUCCUGGACACUGAUGAUUUGCCAAAGAAAAGACCUUCUCAAAUCUACAAGCCCUCUGACCCAGAAACGUUGGCUUAUCUUGAUUUUAGUGUAUCUACAACUGGAAUGCUUGCAGGGGUAAAGAUGUCCCAUGCAGCCACUAGUGCCUUCUGUCGAUCCAUUAAAUUGCAGUGUGAACUCUACCCAUCCAGAGAGGUGGCUAUAUGUCUGGAUCCUUACUGUGGAUUGGGCUUUGUCCUGUGGUGCCUCUGUAGCGUGUAUUCAGGACACCAGUCUAUUCUGAUUCCUCCCUCAGAGCUGGAGAUCAAUCCUGCCUUGUGGCUUCUUGCUGUGAGUCAGUACAAAGUCAGAGACACAUUCUGUUCUUACUCAGUAAUGGAACUCUGUACCAAGGGACUUGGCUUGCAGACCGAAUCCUUAAAGGCUAGGGGAUUGGACCUGUCUAGAGUACGGACCUGUGUGGUCGUGGCUGAAGAGCGUCCUCGAAUUUCUCUAACCCAGUCUUUUUCAAAGUUAUUUAAAGACCUGGGUCUCCAUCCAAGGGCCGUUAGCACAUCAUUUGGCUGCAGGGUUAACCUAGCCAUAUGUUUACAGCCACACAGGCUGGGGAAACUGGCUGAGCAGGGAACAUCUGGACCAGAUCCCACGACUGUGUAUGUGGACAUGAGAGCAUUGCGGCAUGAUCGAGUCCGACUAGUCGAAAGAGGCUCUCCCCACAGUUUGCCCCUCAUGGAAUCAGGAAAGAUACUCCCAGGUGUUCGUAUAAUUAUUGCAAAUCCAGAAACAAAGGGACCCCUUGGAGACUCGCAUCUUGGGGAGAUUUGGGUUCAUAGUAUACAUAACGCCAGUGGGUACUUUACGAUCUAUGGAGAUGAGUCGCUACAGUCAGACCACUUUAGUUCUCGGCUCAGCUUCGGAGACACACAAACUGUAUGGGCGCGGACGGGCUACCUGGGGUUCCUGAGAAGAACAGAGCUAACUGACGCAAAUGGAGAACGCCAUGAUGCGCUUUAUGUUGUGGGAGCUCUAGAUGAAGCAAUGGAAUUGCGAGGGAUGAGAUACCACCCAAUUGAUAUAGAGACAUCUGUAAUCCGAGCCCACAAGAGCGUAACAGAAUGUGCUGUCUUUACUUGGACGAACUUGUUAGUGGUUGUCGUGGAGCUUGAUGGCUCAGAACAGGAAGCCCUGGAUCUUGUACCGCUGGUCACAAAUGUGAUCUUGGAGGAACAUUAUCUUAUCGUAGGCGUGGUUGUAGUGGUGGACAUUGGUGUCAUUCCUAUCAACUCCCGUGGAGAGAAACAACGUAUGCACCUACGAGAUGGGUUUUUGGCAGAUCAGCUGGAUCCCAUAUAUGUGGCCUACAACAUGUAGUCUUGUACAUUUUAAGGCUUCCAUGGACUUCACAAUAGAUGUAAAAAAAAAUUGUGUCCACUAAAAAGAAAAUCAAACGUGCAAAUAAGGGGAUAACCUUUGUUCAGAAUGGAGCAGUUUUUGUCAUUUUAACUUACCAAUUCCUCAAUUAAUUGAGCAGACAGAAUGUGAAAUGUGCUUUUGUUUUUACCACUACACUUUAGCACCAAAAGACUUUUUUUAGGGUACUGUGUUGCCUCAAUUGAAUGAGUUGAGAACUCUACAGGCCUCUGAAAUUUAAAGGCCUGUGUGACCAUCAACUUACUUUUUAUUUUUAUUUUAAAUGCCAAUUUUUAAAAAGUUAUUUGUUUUUAUGUUGCUAAACUGACCCCAUUGUUUUCAUUAUGUAGCUGUGGAUUUUAUGAAGGAUUUUUAUGUUUAUUAUAAUGGAAGUAGGUUGAUUUAUGAAACCUUUUAUGGUGGGAUCGCAUCAAUGAGUUGACACAACCUAAUCUGAAAAUGUAAUACCUUUUUAAAAUCUUGUUAUUUGUGGGGGAAGAAAAGGUACGAUUUUAAUAAAUAAAUUCCAAAUUCAUAGUAAUGUAAUUUAAAGAAAGGUAUAGUUUAAUGUUGUAAAUUCUUGGGUACUGGAUUGAGGCCAAAGUGUGUCAGCUGCUAAUCUUUCCAGUGUGUAACCCACUGAUAUCAGAAGGGACUUUUUUUUACUUUAUUUUAUAAGCUUUGAUUUUCCUUCUGAUAGAUAAAUUAGUUAUUGGCUGCAAACCACCAUGAACAUGCAUUGGGUUAUCAGGUGCCAUUUUGCAACCAAAGCAGACUACUGUAAUCAUUAAAUAGAAAAAAAGUUUUAUUUAAAUGUUAUGCCUCCCAGGGGCUAAAUAUGGCUGGUGGUUAAUAUAGCCUGGCCACCUCAAAGCCUCAUUUUGCAGUCUCAAGAGAAUUUGCAUAGCUAUUCAUAAGUAAGCACACUAAUUAAAAAUUACUGUUCAUCUCAGAUUGAGAGUAAUAAAGCUAGUGAUUGUUGAAUCAGUUAAAAAAAAUAGUAUACUUAAGGUGGACUUUGGCAAGUAUCUUUGUACUGAACUAAAAAGAUAAAAUAAGUUAACUCUCCAUAUGUAAUUAUGUAUAAAAUGUUUAAUUUAUUUUGAUCUCUUUAGAAGUAUAAAACAAAAACCGCAUUCAAGAAAGUUAAAACUCUUGUAAUGUUUGCUAAUAUUAAAAAAAAGCGUUGUAUUAUCUUGGAGUGGAUAGUAUCACAUCAAAUAUAUAUAUGAAAUUAUAAAUUCACUAAUGGGUUAUUGGGGAAGGGAUAUAUUUUAAUGUUUACGAUGCAGUACAUGUCACUUGCAUGGUGUCUCCCACUGUAUAUAAUUGGGUGUUAUUCACAAUCUUUGUUUUGAAAACUGCAAUCGUGGAUUGCCUGUGUUCCCGUAUAAAAAGUUAUUCUAGAUACCAGCAAGUGGAUUUAAAAUACCAUCCUUUAGAUGGUGUACAAAACGUAUGGCUGAAAUGCACUAUAAUUUUUUUUUUCUUUCUCUUAGAGAAGCAACAGUAGAUACAACUGUAUAAUGUGUGUGCUGAUCAGAGGAUACAUUUAUUAAUAUAUAAAGAAAAUAAGAAUGUUGAGGAAAGAGACGGUUACAUGAAAUUCAUAGCCCGUUCCAAAUCCUUGUUAGUGUGCUGCCUCACUCGUUCCAUCUACCAUGUUUCAGAUGCAGAGUUUAUCCAUUCAUUUUAUAUACUUUGGAGCAUUUCAGAAUAAGUAUUCAUACAAGUUUUUAAACUUGAUUUGCACUCCUUCUGAAUUUUUAAUUAAAGCCCAUAAAAAAAAAAAAAAUUAAAAAAAUUAUAAGGCAUAUGAAUUUUUUACUUCCAAUGUAUUUAGUAUUGUUAAUUGAUUCUAUACCCCAAUGUUUUUAAUCCAAUCUUAUACAUGAUAUUGUUUAAAGAGGCCCUAUCACUUUUCCAUUUCAAAACAUAACUACAAUGUUUCCACAUAGCCUACCAUACCAGACAUGUAUAUUUACCCAUGGGGGGGAUAUAACCUGCCCCAUGUCAGUGAUGAGAACUAAAUGGCCAAACACCACUGUCACAUGGGUGUCAUAAUUUCAUCCCCACUUGAGUUUAGACAGGCAAAGAUGCAACAUCAGGGAAGAGAUUAUGGCUGUAUAUGUAUACAUGCCUGGGGGGUGAGCUAGAUGCAGACACUGUCCCAAUAUAUGCAAAGUGACAAUUUCUUACCUGUGAAUGCACCCACACUCUGAUUUAGAUGUGAGAACCCCAGUGGGGUUCAUGCAACAAUCACGUGAGCGGCCCUGGAAACUGACUCCCUACUCCCAGAGGCGAUUACUUGCAUGUGAUCGCUUUAUGAGUGAUUACAUGCGAGUGGUCAUAAUUAGCUGCAGGGGCUGGAAGCCUCCUGUUGCUUUUAGUGGGGCUGCCUCUCCAUACUAAUUGCAAGAACCUCACAUCUGAUUGGAGUGCAGGUGCAUUCACCCUAAAACAGAUUUAUUUCCAACUUUAUCGGUAUGUUAACAGUCCUUCUGAAAUGGAUAAAUAGUAAUAGAAGGGCUGAAGUACAAUCUUUCCCUUAAAUAGAUAAUUAAACUUCUGCUCCAAGCUAUGUCAGUCAUGUGACCAAAGGCCAAGACAUCAAGUCAUGUUUUCAUCACAGGAAGGGAGCCUUGUUCUCAUAGUUAAGGAUCACAGCCCUCCUUUUUCUCUUUAUCCCUGCUAGCAAGACUUUUUACUUUUUAAAAAUGCACCCACUUGAGAUUUUUCUAGUGUGCGUUGCUUUUCUUUUUUUUUUAUUGCUGCCCCAAGAUAUAAUACAGCAGAUCUCCUACACAAGACUGUAGAAAUAAGCCUGUCUUUCAGAACUUUCUGAUGAUGUCAUUUUUAAGCACAUUAAAUGUUACAUGUUACUGACCUUAACCGUGAUUAUUUCCCAAAAACUUGUUAUUUUCCCACUGCAGAUCGGUUUCAUUGUCAAGCCAUUGGUUACAAUUACAAGAUCUAAUUUUGCACAUUUGUUUAUGACCGUUGCACAUGCUUUUAAAAUAGAUGUCACAUUUAAGUUAUAUUCUCUGUGAAUAUGUUUACUCCUAACUCAAAGGAAAAAUCAUGCCAAGAGAAACUAAAAUCAAAACACGUGUAGUUCUAAAUAUGCAGUAAGUAUUGUCACCAUGGUGUAGUAGGCAGCUCCUCCCUGCUUAGUGUUUUGCAAUAGACUUUCUCUGAUGCCAGAAAAUUUCAUCUACCGACAGGUUAAUAACACAACCAAUCUUAACACUGAAAGGAGUAAAAAAAUAUAAAUGCUCCAAUUACACAACGGAAACAACUGUUGGGGGAUCCUAAAGCUUGAAAACUCUGUAUUGAAGUACAGACAUCCUAAUCUAGAAAAACUGAAGGCUGGUUCGUGAAUGAGUCAACUUGAGUUGAUUUGUCAAUGGCCCUGUAGCAUCUGUCUGCAAUGAUGGGGUGUUAUGGUAAUAAACACAAGGCUUGCUUCUCGGGCAUUAUUUAUUCUGUUCUUUUUGGUGCAGAUAAAAGUUGUAGACAUCUUAGAAUCCCGUUGCACACAAGUCAUCUCAUGGGUCAGGAUUUGUACCAACAGUAACUUUCUGGAGAAAGAAAUUGGAAGUGGAGUUCCUGAAAUUGUCUGCCCCCCAUACUGUUUUUAUGUUACUUUGAGGUACCCCUAAAACCUGAAUAAACGGAUUAGUUGAUUUCUAAAAUUACUGCUGAAGAGAAGAAAAAAAUAAUCCUGUUGUGUAUAUACUGGUAUUUGAGAAUAUAUUCAUAUACAUUUAAUUCCAAUAGAGGUAUAGAGGCACUCACAGGACUGUUCAUAUACAGUUAUAUGUGGGAUCCCAGAAAAUUUGUAAUUGGUUUUAUUUUUGUCCAGCUUUAGACCUAUAGCUACAGGCUGAAUGACAAGUGUUUUUUGGGUUAUGUAAGAUCCACUAUUUGAACCUGCACUGUAAAGUGUAUGUUAUAUCAUCAAUAUUCACAAGAAUUGUCAAAUCGUAAGUUUCUAAAUUAAUGUUUACAAAUGCCUCAGUUACUCCCUUAAAUAAAACCUUAGUAGGUGAAACUACUAACUUUUAAGAAAACAAAAUGGGCUUACAUUAGAUACUAGAGUAAAUAAGGUAAAGUACAAAAAAGCUUCCUGACUCAGAAAAGAGUUGAUGCAUUGGUCAAAGUAAAGUAAAAAGAAGCUUUGAUAAGACUUUGAUUUAUAGGAGUAAAAAGAAUUGUCUUGACUCAAUCUUGGCAUACAUGGAUUGAACUUUGAUUUAGCGGGGACCAGAUGAAUUAUGAUUAAUGUAUGGGCAGGCAACCUGUUGGAAAAUUUUCUCUCAAAGUCUCCUUGCUGUCAGAAUACAAAGACUCGAUGGGAGAGAUUUCCCCAUCCACAUAGAGUGUGUGAAUGGGGGAAUCAAGUAAUUUUCUUUUAUUCAUCCCUCUGGUUGAAUGAAAAAUAUAAUUAAUGUAUGGCCAGCCUUAAACGAUAGCAAGAUGUACAGAUCAGAGUAAAAAUGGAUCGACCUGAUUUGAGGCAUACAGAUUCCAUCAUCCACACAGAUGAGGUGGAUGGAGGAAUCUCCCCUGCUGGGACAUUGUAUUCUGAUAGUGACGCUCGCAGAUUUUAGAAUACACUGAUCAAUGGAUGCAGCUGCUGAUUGAAAAAAUGUUCCAACAAAUCCCAUCACAGAAGUCGAUCAAAUUAUCAACUUUUUGAUAUUAGCUCUGGUUCACACUGCUCCGACAUGAAAGUCACGCGACUGACUUGCCCUGCGAUUUUGGUUUGACUUUUAUCCGACUUACUUGCAACUUUAAUGAACUGUGAUCCAAUUUUGAUCCAACAUUGAUGUAGUGUGACUGGUCCUUUGACCAAUCACAAUACCAGUGACAAAUUUCCAGUUACCUCUGAACACAUCACAUCCAUUAACAUGCUGAUCCGAUUUGGAUGCAACUUAGGAGCCUGUGCAUUCUAUUCUAUGGGCUGAAAUCGCACCCAAGUCAGACCAAGGUAGUGCAGGAACCUUUUCUUAAGUCAGAGCGACUUGUGUUGGAUCCGUUAAGACGGAUCUCAUAGGGAAACAUUGAAUUUGACAUGUCAUGAGACUUGUGGUUUCCAUGUCGCACCAGUGUAAACCGGACCUUAGUGCUAAUAUGAAUAACCUUUCUAGUUCAAUCUGCAGUUGAUUGCAGCAGAUUUUUUAAAGCUGACCAGUAAAAUCAUACCCCUUUCUUGUGUGGUGACAUACUAUACACUGUUGAUGUGCACUCCCUACCUCCACCCAAAAUGUCCUGCUCAUGUGGUUGGCUCCCUGCUGUUUUUAUUUUACACUGGGACUAUUCAAACAAUUCUGAAAAGAAGGCCCACCCAUUUAGGAAAUAGGAAAUUACUGUAGAAAGUGAGCAAAAUCCAGGUGUGAGCUUCAAUACAAAUAUCAGGUAGAGGUAAAGUAACUGACUAUAGAUCAUCAAAGUGGAGUUACACUUUCAGAUUUUUGGCAGUCAUUUUAUCCUCAUGCUUCAUCACGGACUUGGAAAAACCUUUGCUGAUAGUUGACGCAUCACCUCCGGCAUGCCUAUAUGCUCACCUCAUCUUUACAGAGUGAAAUUUCACACCUUUUAUACUCUACAGUUCAUUUUUAAAAGCUCAGUACUGGCAUUGCAAUUUGGUAAUGGGGGAGUAAUUUGUUCUAUAUAUAUAUAUCAGUUUUUUUUUUGGCUUGUCAUUCUUGGACCAAUGUUAGUGUUUUGUUUAAAAAAAAAAGAAGAGGCUUUCAAAUAUUAGCGAUGGAAAGGGAAUUUACCUGUGUUGUAGACUUUGAGAAUAUGCGAGUUAUACAAUAGAGCCAGCGUUGCCGGCACAUUCAGCCCUUUAUACGGUAGUGUGGACUCUAAAUGCCAGCAUAUGACCUCAGGUAUUAGUUGGAUGUCAAGAAACAGCAAUUGUUAAUUAAGGAGAUGGAGGAUCGGCCAAAUACCGAGUAGUAAAGACGGAAUUAUGUAGCACUCUCUGCCUGCAAAUAGAUCAUAUAUCUUGCUAGUUUUCCGGAUUUCUAUGUGUUGUGACCAUUGUACAUGACACGUGAGUGCCCUCUCUGGUGCUUGCAAGGCGAAGAAACAGCAAUAAAGGAUUGUUCUGUAUUAGAAAGUGUACUGUAGAUAAACCAUUCAUGGGAUCUUGUAACUUCUGUCUUGUGAGAUUUGUGCUUUUUUAUUUAAUUUUUUUUUUUUUUAAAGUCAGAUGUGGGUAGACCGAGAGGAGGGUACAGCUAAACCCAUACACAUAACACACACACACACGAUCCAACAGAUUCCUCAUGGUGCUUGUUUUAUUAUAUAUUUAAUUCUGCUUGACCCUUUACCCAAGGGAAAGACUUGUCCCUGUUUAUUAGUUGAAUGUUAGCAGAAGCGUUACUUCAUGGAGUGUUGACUGGUUUGAGAAAUGUCAUAUACUCAGCCAAUCGCAGCUGAAACCUAGAAAAAAAAUGAAAAUAAAAUUUUUAUGUGCAAAAGACAGCAACCUUCUUGUAUGUUAAACCACCAGUACGCUUUGUACAUCUGUGAUAACGCCUGUUUUAUAUUCAAAUGAACAAAUAAAAGCUUUUAUUUUUGUUGCUCUGAAAA